AUGGACGUUUUAUCGCAUUACAGCUCUCCCGUGGUUGAAUUUUUGGCUACCCAGCCGCUGGAGAAACAAUACGCCCUGGUGGACAACUGCACGGGCACUGAUCCACCGCCUCCAAGCAAAGAUGCCACCACGGGAACGCAGGAGAAGGUGCAUGCAGCCACACAAACAGAGCAAAAAGUGGUUAGCAGCAAGGAUGUGGAAUACGAUGAGAGGGCUUUGGCCAAGUGGUUGCGUCAAAUAUGUCCAAUGGUUGAGCGGGAGCUGAUGAAUCCCACUCCGCUGAUGGAAGACCUCGCCAUGAGCCAGUGCCGCUUGGAGGAGGAGUUGCAGGUUUACACCUACCAAAAGUUGGCCAUGGGAGGAGCGGAGAACUCGCAGGGACUGGCCAUCUGGCUGUGUGUUCACACCAAUAAUGCUCCUGUUCUCGUGGCCACCACGGUGGCUCCCCAUGAUGACUGGUGUGAGCAUGUGGAUCAGCAGCUUAAGCUCUUUGUCCCACAAAGGAUGUCCAAUGGAAACUUUGUGAUUUUUUCUGAAGAAAAAACGUUGCCAUUGAAAUCCUGCCUGCGAAGUCUAUGCACAAAUCCUUUUAACAAGAACAUGUUUGCGGGUUCUACAAUGGAUGGUGAGCUCUUCAUCUGGCUAUACGAACAGGCGAGGGGUUCCGAUUCCAGCGUGGAGAUCAAGCAGCUUCACAGUGUGUCCUCAACCCAGGGAGCAGCUGUGGCUCUCGACUGGCCGAGGGAACAGCUACUGAUGGCCUGUUAUGCCAAUGGCAGCGUUCGCCAGUGGGAUUUGAGCAGGCAGAUGACACUGGAUUGGGAGUAUUCCCUUCCCGCCACGGUUACUUCAGAGCCCACGGCUAUGGUGGCACUGGGACUCGAUGAUUUUGUACUCGGCACCAAUGAUGGUAGCGUUUUCCGCUGCUGGAGCACCGGUCGCCAAGCUGCAGCCACUAAGCAGAUCCAAUUGUUGGCCCUACGACGACAUCGUUUCAUGGUGUCCACGCUGCUCCGAACGGAGAUGGGAGGCAACCAAUUCGUCCUCAGUUGCGAUCUCAGUGGACAGGCCUUCUACCACGAUAUGCGAAUUGUGGAUGAGGAUAUGGCUCAGUUAAUAGUGCAGAUCCCAUUGCCCUUUAAGAACGUCAUCGCCUGCAGUCGGGAUGGCAAUAUCAUCUACUGCCCAGCCAAUGAUGGAGCACUAGAGGUACACAGGGUGAGCGAUGGAGCCCAUGCCCACGUCAAGGGAGGAUUGCGUGGCAAAGGAAGUCUCAUUCGAAGCAGCGACAAUGGCCGCUGGUUAAUAGCUGGCAUCUAUGGCGAUGAGUUCCAGAUUUUCUACGUCGUGUAUUAAAGAGUCACAU